GGAAAGAAAACAGAUCAUUUCUCCAAGCUUUGGAGCUUUUACUGACACCAGAAUAAUUGUAUCCAGCAAGAUAGACUUUCUUCCAGGAUGAUAAGAAAAUGGAUACAAAACACAUGAAUAAAAUGUCUGGCAAUACUGUCUGUAUGCCAAAAAAUUAUUGCAAAACUGAAUUGCUGAUGACAAUCCUCUGUUCAAGCUCAACCUAGCUUUGCUUCAAAUACAGCCUGAAAGCCAUUGAUUAUAUUACAUAGCUGGUGGCACUCCAGCAGCAGCAGCAGAACGUUCUAAAUGACCAUCCAUAUUACACUUGGGUACAGGAAGCCAUUUUAGUACUUCUAAGCACAGCACAGUCUGGCAGUCUCUGUUCUCUCACCCUGAAAAACUGGUAUUCUGUGCCCUGAAGCCUUUCCAGAGCUCAAGCUGUGCAACACUUAGGCAAACCCUUUUUUAGCACAGCAUGAGCCUCCACGUCAACUUCUUGAAUUUGUUCUGAAGUGAAACUGCAGAGUUUUGAAUUAAGAUGGCUGGAGUCUGGUGUUACCGUCUCUCCCACCCGCACAUUUCAGCUGCAGAGCAUCCUGGUUAGUUGGGCUCUGAGAGCCAAGGGGGUGCCGAAAUGGCACUACGAUGACAAAGGAUUGUGCCUUCAUCCCCAUGUCCGCGUGGAAGCCACCACCACCACGCUUUCCCAGGAAAUGGUGCUGCUCUGGCAGCUGCACUGGGAGCAGCCUGCAGAGCCCAGGGCAGGAGCAGCAGCACAGACGGAUGCAAGUACAGACACCGCACGACUCUGAACACGCAGCGACUCGUUCAGAGCACGAGAAGCCAAGCAGAGCAGCAGACAUCCUGUCUUUACCCCAUGGAUUAUCAUGUUCAUCUUUACUAAAAAUCAGUUACAGAACUGAGAGGGCAGCUGCGAUGGACAAAUUUUUCCUUUUAUGUGGCCUUUGUGAUCUUAUUAUCAGCAGUAGAUGCUCAGGAGGAAAGCAGUCAUCUGGCAUGAUUGACACUGAUUUUCUGCCUCAGAGAGCUUCAAUGAGAGAAGGCUCAGAACUGCACAAACAGAAUGGGGACUUAGAAGCAGAGUCUUUCCACUGGCCCCAGGUGGCAUUUGAUCAGGAGCUGAGUGAUAACAGAUGGAAACAAAUAUCACAUUCUUAUUCAACAACAUAUAUGCCUUCAAACUAUGAGAUACCAUUAGACUAUUGUCACAAAAAUAAAGUCCAGAGACAGUUAUACAAGGUCCUGGCUCAUGACAGACUGAGUCAAAUCUGAUGGUGCUGCAGGGCUGAACAGGGACACCAAGCCAGGACCUGCAGGUUUGCUGAGUGACCUACAGCUCAGCUGGGAGGUUAUCAGCAACCCAAAGCUCCUGGGGAUGCUGACCAGCCCUGCAAAGGUCAGUGGCAUUUCUACCUAAGACAUGAGGUUUAAUUUGCCCUUAAAAAUCCCAGGGUCUAUUCCAUUUAUGAUCAGUCCUGCCUUUGCUCUGACAUCAUCAAGGGCUCUGCUUUCACAUGGUGUCAGUGUGUGAGGGAACCUGGCACUACCCAUAGCUACAUCAUGUUCCUGUCCUGUCUUUCCCUUUGAUUUAUUCUGAGACCUGAACAAUUUCCUCCAGCUUUAAUGGCUUCAUUUCUCCUUUGUAAAAUGUGUUUUAUCUACCAACCUGAUGGUGGUACUGCAGAGAUUUGUUAAUUAUGAAACAUUUCAGCUUUAUAAAGCAGCAUGAAAUUGAUGGAUGGUAUUUUCCUGAACCAGACAUGUCCAGACUCCAAAGUGGAACUUGACACCAAAAGUUUUAACAGCCAGAUUUCUUUCAUUAUUCUUUUGAAAUACUUACCAGGG